AUGCCUUUAAUUAAUGAAUCACACGACUCUCUCCCAUACAUCGACGCUGAUCCAUCAGCCUCUGCGCGCCAACGCGCUCAGCAGCUCAUUAACGCCGAAUUGUCCCCAGAACACACCAACACCCUUCACCCCUCGAUCCCACCGGCUCCAGAGCCAAAAUUCUCUCCUCUCAUUCAACAAGAAUUGGAGCGCAAGGCAACCGGUGCCCCUCUUACCGGCGGAAUCGAUCUCACCCACUAUGAAGCGCCCGAACCACCAGUCCGCGCGGAAGCCGACGAGACCCCAAAACUAGAUGAAUGGCGUCAGGCUCUUCAACAAGCAUACAAGUCGAGCUCGCAUCUUUCCAAGCGCCACGAGAAUCUGACCCUCCUGGAUGAAAACGGAAAGAACGCAUGGUUGAUUGGUAACUCGCAACUCGAAUAUAUCCUUCACGGGCUCGAGAAGGAGCUGGCCGAAACAAAGGAGACUGCAGAGGAGGUCAACAAACAAAGAAAGUUGGCUCAGGAGGCUAGAUAUGGCGAAUUGUCGAGCUUGGAGGAUACCUGGAAGCGCGGGGUUGGUGCCAUUCUGGAUGUGGAGUUAGCAUCUGAGGCCAUCCGGAUGCAAAUUUUGGAGCAUCGGCGACAAGCGGCUCAGCAACAAGCGCGCUAA